AUGGAAGGUUCAAUAAAUAUGCGUUCAUUCAUUGUAUUAGUGAUAGUAUGUGUAUUCGGGAUAACCACAUUUGCUCUUACCGCUGCCAUUCUUGGAACAUUGAAUAAACGAUUAGAUGCAAUUGAAAAUGGUGGUUGUACAGAAUCUGACUGGAAAAAAGCUAUUGGACCUACUGCUGGUCGAGUAGCAUUAGUCAAGAGAGGAGGUAGCUGUGCAUUUGCUGACAGAGCAGCCCAAGCUCCUAAGUUCAAUGUGACUGGUCUUCUUUUUUACAAUGAUGGCAUAUUACCUGAUCGUAUGACACCUAUUGAAGUUAGUCUCGGUCAAGACAAUGCUUUACCUGCUCUAUUUCUUUCAUACACUGCUGGAGAAGCAUUAGCUGCUUCAGCUCAAAAUAUAUCGAUCAACGUAACUGUUCAAUUAGGUAUUGACUUAAAAAAUUUACCAGACUUUUCUGUAGGCAAUAUUUGUGCUGAUACACCGAUAGGGAAUGUUACUCAGACUAUUGUUCUUGGUAGUCAUAGUGAUAGUGUACCAGCUGGCCCAGGAAUCAAUGAUAACGGUAGUGGUAGUGCAGCUAAUAUUGAUCUAGCUAUUACUCUUGCUCGUCUUUUCAAAACACCUACUUAUUCAAAAUAUAAGUAUCGUGUUCGAUUUUGUUGGUGGGGUGCCGAAGAAAUCUGUCUUCUUGGAUCUAAAGAUCACGUUAAGAAAGCGAAAAAUUCUGGUAGUAUUGGUGAACGUUUGGGCGAUUAUUUAAUCAAUCUGAAUUAUGAUAUGCUUGGUUCACCGAAUUAUAUCUUUGGUAUAUAUGAUGGUCGAACAGCAAAAAAUGAUACUCCACCGACAGCACUUGUAGGUAGUAACAAGAUCACUGAUUUAUUUCAUAAUUGGUUUAUUCAACAGAAACUACUUGCGACUCUUACGGAUUUUGAUGGUCGAAGUGAUUAUGGCCCAUUUUUAGCUGAAGGAAUUGUUGCUGGUGGAUUAUUUUCUGGUGCAGAUGAGAUAAAAUCUGAAGAAGAACGUGAUCAUUACGAUCAAAUUCUUGGUCAAGGAAUGGAUGGUAUCGCUGGUGCAGCUCAUGACCCAUGUUAUCAUAAAGCAUGUGAUUCGAUUCAAAAUAUUAAUGUAUUUGCAUAUGAAAAAAUGGUACAAGCAGCUGCAUAUGUUUUGGAAUAUUUAGGUCGUCAAGAUGAUUUGAAAGAUAAAUUAUUUAAUCUAAAAUGUUUCUCAUUAAAAUCGUUCUGUCGAAUUAAACAAUAUAAUAAAAUUGUAUCACUUCUUCGUUGUAUGUCAAGUCUGGAAAAAUUAACUUUAUAUCUUCCUAUAAAAGGUCGAAAUAGAGUUAUUGAUGGUACUUAUGUUCAGCAUGAUAUUUUGGAUUAUAUGCCACAACUUCAUUCAUUCACUUUCUAUAUUUGUACUUAUGUGAAAACGGUUGAUUUAUCCUACAAGUUAUCUAGUGAAGAUAUUCAACAAACAUUAACAAAUAUUGGACAAGAAUAUGUCACGAGUAUAGUCAAUUAUAUUCAAGGUGAGAUAGCUGCAUACUCGAUUUUCUCACUUCCUUUUGAAUUUGAUUAUCUCAAACAUUUUGGCAAUAAAUUUCCAAAUAUUGUAUUCAGUUAUGUUACGUUUUUACUUGUAGAAGAUACUAAUCCAUUCAAACACGAAUUUUUCAUUCGAAUUGCCCGAUCGUUUUCAUUACUGAAGUAUUUACGUAUUUAUAAUAGAGAAUCACAAGUAUUAGAUGGUCUUAUGACAUUUUCAUCUGACAAUUGUCAAUUACACUCAAUUAUUGAAUACCUUCAUCUGACUAGACUCGAUGUGAGAUAUGCACAUAGAGAUUAUGUUGAACAAUUUCUAAAUGAAACAAAGGCAUUUAUACCUUGUCUGACGGAAUUUGAAGUCAAUGUUGAUGAUUUAAAAGCUGUAACAAAACGUUUUACAAGAGAAGAAACACGACGCAAUUGUGCUAAGGUUAAUGAUAUUUCUAAAAUAUAA